UUGAUUCAAAGCAAAAAAUAUCGUACUAAUUGAGCGCCUAUCUUAACAAAUAGUAUCAGAAGCUGGUUUUAGAGGUUGUUGGUGUAGAGGUCGUCAAUCAUGAAGGCAGCUCCGGUGUUGGUUGAAUCGGACUAUCUCUUACUGAUUUGAAGAUUGAAGAAAUACAAAAGUGACAAUAUUGAAGUUGAUGUUCAGAGUGAUUUUAUUCACGAUAUUUUGAAUUAGAAUGAACAAAUUUCGAGUGGAUCGAUGUUCCGAUGAUUUGCCCCAUGAGUUCAGAAUCCAAUAGCCCGUUUGUUACCACAUUUUAUCCACCUCCCUCACAGGCUCAGUCUGUUUUAACUUUUAACUAUCGAAUGAAGCUCACGGGUCUUUUAUAAAAAGAAAGUGGGUGGAUGCUUGAUUUGAAAUUUUGGAGCAUCAAAACGUCAGACAAAUGGGAGAAGCUUGGACUUCAGUCUUCAAGUUCAAGAGGAAAAGGGAAAACUCUUUCCCUUUCUUCUACGGCGGAUUCCUUCGUUCCUUCCUUUCCCUCCUUAAAAUUCCAUCCCUUGUACAAAUCCCACAAUGGCUUUGGCCGGAUUGAAGAUUCUCAAUGGUCCAAACCCACAAACACAACUUCCCAAUUCUUUCCCACCUAAAACUUAUCGUCCACCGAUUGAAACAGAUCAAGCAAAGAAGCAAACUGACGAAUAAAUCAAUUCGCAGGAACCAACCCAUUGCCGGCAGUCUCAUUCUCCUUAUUAUAUAACCAGCUCUCGUCGCUCUUCCCAAAUGCCAAACAGUCCAGCAAUCCUGUCGCAGACAUGGCCAGAAACAUCAUUUUACUGACGUUUCUUCUGCUGUCCAGUUCCUUGCUGCUCUCAUCACGAGCUUCUACAAUGGGCGUUCUUCAGAGCGGGACUGUGAUACCCACCACGCCCCUGGUGGAAUUCCUCGUACGAGUUCAAGAAACCGCGUUCCAGACUCUGGGCGGGGAGAAAGGGUUCGACCCUAAAUGGUACGUUGAUGUGUCUCUCAAGUUCAAUCUAUCUCACACCCAGAAGGUGUUUGAUGGAUUGCCAAGGAAGGCCGAUGGGGUUGUCCCGGUUCAGGAGUUUCGCAGGUUUGUGGCAGAGCAAUUUGAUGAUGCUGGGAGUGAUCUUGUGGCGCAUGAGCCAGUGGAUUUUGUUGCGGAGCCUGAUGGGUUCUUGCCCAUGGUGUUGAAUCCCAAGGUCAGGGCUUGGGCGCUGGAAGUUCAUUCCUUGUGGAAGAAUCUCAGCAGGAAAGUGUCUGAUCAUGUUCACAAAUACCCGGAACUCCACACUUUGCUUCCCCUGCCGGAACCGGUGGUCAUUCCAGGUUCACGGUUCAGGGAGGUUUACUACUGGGAUUCUUACUGGGUUAUCAGGGGUUUGCUUGCAAGCAAGAUGUACGAUACUGCCAAAUCAAUUGUGAUUAACCUGAUAUACCUGCUGGAUACCUAUGGCCAUGUCCUGAAUGGCGCAAGGGCAUAUUACACCAAUAGAAGUCAGCCUCCCCUUCUCAGUUCAAUGGUCUAUGAGAUAUACAACAGAACAGGGGACGUUGAAUUUGCUCAGAAGGCACUUCCUGCAUUGAUCAAGGAGCAUAAGUUUUGGACUUCUGGGGAACAUAAUGUCGCUGUCCUUGAUGCUAAAAAUACCAACCACAGCUUAAGCCGGUAUUAUGCAAUGUGGAAUGAACCUAGGCCUGAAUCUGCAAUCUUUGAUAAGGAGUCUGCUGCCAAUAUUUCCGAUGCUUCCAAGAAGCAGCAAUUCUAUAGAGAAGUUGCUUCAGCAGCUGAGACAGGUUGGGAUUUCAGUACCAGAUGGAUGGGAAAUAACUCAGACUUCACUACAAUGUCUACGACAUCUAUCUUGCCUGUGGAUCUAAAUGUGUACUUGCUGAAGGUGGAACUUGACAUCACAAGCUUGGCACGUGCCACGGGAGAGGAAACUAUUGCUAAGAGUUUCUCUGAGCUCUCUGAAGCAAGACAAGAAGCUAUAAGAUGUGUGUUGUGGAAUGCCGAGAAGGGACAGUGGUUUGACUACCGGCUUUAUGAUGGUGACGAUGAUGAUUCAAGUCAUCCUCACACGUGGAAAGGCUCAAACCAAAACCAGAAUGCAUUUGCUUCCAAUUUCGUCCCCUUGUGGAUUGAUCUGUUCCAUUCAGACACAACAUUGGUGGAGCAAGUGACACAGAGUCUAGAAGGUUCAGGCCUGGUUCGUGCUGCAGGAAUAGCCACUUCCUCAGAAAAGUCAGGGCAACAAUGGGACUUUCCAAAUGGAUGGGCACCAUUGCAGCAUAUGAUUUCUGAAGGCUUGGGUCGAUCAGGGUCACACAAGGCCAGGUCAUUCGCUGAAGAGAUAGCAACGAGAUGGAUCAACAGCAACUACGGCGCGUACAACAAGACCAGCUCCAUGCACGAGAAGCUCGAUGUGGAAGCCUGUGGAGAUUUCGGCGGCGGUGGUGAAUACGUCCCUCAGACGGGAUUCGGGUGGUCGAAUGGUGUUGUACUGGCAUUACUGGAGGAAUUUGGAUGGCCUCACGACAAGAACUUCGGCUGCUAAUAUAAUAGGCCUUAUGGUGAAUACACAAUCAUCGUUGUAUCAUGCUGGUACAGAAAAUAUCAAAAUGAAAUCUGAAUGCCUUCUCUGCAAUUUGUCACGAAGUGUAUAUCAUCGUGAUCAACCUAAUCACGCAUUGAUCCAAACUUAAUCUUACAACAGUCUGAUUACAAAAGAAUUUUGUUUAAUCAUUAAUAGCAGCACUGUUCUUUAUCUUUGCUUAAACAAAUCCCAUGUCUAGUC